AUGGGGUUCCCGUUCGAACGGACGACCGUUGACAGCUUUCUGUCACGCUACACGACAGAGACAUCGAUAUCGACCGCCGCCGCUACGGCAACGUCGUCGGCCACGCCGACGACCUCUGUGGCGACCGUCGUCGAGGACCUGUACCUCAACGUCACGCUGCUGGCGUCGACGGCGACCUCGCUGAUCGGCGCCAACGGCAGCGCCGCGCUGGAAGUGCCCGAGGAGGAGCCGACCUACUCGCUGGCCCAGAUCAUCAUUCUCGGCAUCAUCGCGACGGCACUGAGCAUUCUGACCGUGGCCGGUAACGUCAUGGUGAUGAUCUCGUUCAAGAUCGACAAGCAGCUGCAGACGAUCAGCAACUACUUCCUGUUCUCGCUCGCCAUCGCCGACUUCGCUAUUGGGCUCAUCUCGAUGCCGCUCUUCUCGGUGACUACACUGCUCGGGUAUUGGCCGUUGGGGCCACACAUCUGCGACACCUGGCUGGCGCUCGAUUACCUCGCGUCGAACGCGUCGGUCCUGAACCUACUGAUCAUCAGCUUCGAUCGGUACUUCAGCGUGACGCGCCCGCUGACGUACCGGGCCAAGCGGACGACGACCAGGGCCGCCAUCAUGAUCGGUGCCGCCUGGGGCAUCAGUCUGCUGCUGUGGCCACCGUGGAUCUACAGCUGGCCGUACAUCGAGGGCAAGCGGACCGUGCCGGAGAAGGAGUGCUACAUCCAGUUCAUCGAGACCAACCACUACAUCACGUUCGGGACGGCAAUCGCCGCGUUCUACGUGCCCGUCACCGUCAUGUGCUUCCUGUACUACCGGAUAUGGCGCGAGACCAAGAAGCGCCAGAAGGAGCUGAAGAAUCUUACCGGCGACCGGAAGAAGGACUCCUCCAAGCGGUCCAACUCCAGUGACGAGAACACGGCCGUCAAUCAUUCGGGCGGCCAUGCACUUCCGGCGAGCGUUGCCGACCCGGACGGCUGGCGAAGGCCCCGCAGCGAGUCAUCGGCCGACGCCGAGAGCGUCUACAUGACCAACGCCGUCAUUCCCGACGGCACCUACGGACACGGCAUGCUGUCGAGGAGAUCGAGCAUCAUGAUCAACGGAGUGCCCAAGAAGCCGACCACGUUCUUCGGCGGCAUCAAGGAGUGGUGCAUCGCGUGGUGGCACUCCGGGCGCGACGACUCCGAGGACUACGGGUAUGACGUCGAGGAACCGUCGGACUUAGGGUAUGCAACACCAGUAUCCAUAGAAACCCCCCUACCAAGCUCAGUUACCAGGUGCACCUCGCUCAAUGUGAUCCGCGAACCGUACGCGGCCGGCGGUCGGAGCAACGUCGUCAGCAUGAUACCGGACAUCUCGCCCACCCCGAACCGGCCCGCGCUGCCCCCGCUGGCCCACCUGCAGGAUCUGCACGGUGGGGCGCGUGACUCGCGCUCCCUGCCGAGCAGCAACCGGCUGGCGUCGCGCUCCGUGAGCCAGGACUCGGUGUACACGAUCCUGAUCCGGCUCCCGCCGGAGGGUGGCUCCGGGGACGAGCGGGCACCGUCGAUCAAGAUGAUCCAGGACGAUGUGCCGAUGUCGAUGACGGUGCCACCGCGCCGUCCGCUGCCGACGCGCGACUCCGACUACAUACUGCCGGUGGCGCGCCGUCAAUCGACCGCCACCACCGACUUCCGGUUGCCGCUAUCGGCCAAGAUCAUCUCGAAGCCGUUGUCGAAGCAGCAGCAGAUCCACCAAGCCAACAUGGCCCAGACGGCACGCCAGGUGAAGAAGAAGAAGAAAUCGCAGGAGAAGCGCCAGGAGACGAAGGCGGCCAAAACGCUGUCAGCGAUCCUGCUCAGCUUCAUCAUCACCUGGACGCCGUACAACAUUCUGGUGCUGCUGAAGCCGCUGACCGCGUGCACCAAGUGCAUCCCGCAGGAGCUGUGGGACUUCUUCUACGCGCUCUGCUACAUCAACUCGACGAUCAACCCCGUCUGCUACGCGCUCUGCAACGCGUCCUUCCGCCGGACGUACGUGCGUAUCCUCACCUGCAAGUGGCACACGCGUAACCGCGAGGCCAUGACCCGCGGCGUCUACAACUAA